CCGUUCCACUCUCUCUGGUGUAGACAAUGAGCACAUUCUUGGAAUUGAAGAACUGAAGCACUAUGUCCUCACAGCAGGGACAGAAACAGGAACCAGUUCAACUGGGACUCAAAUACAUCGAUGCCCCAUAUAAAACCUUAUAUAUGCAGCCUUUUCAACAACUCCUUUGUGCCCAGACAUCCAGCUGCCCCAUCUGCCCCCAUGACGGGCAGUAUUCUACCUGGUGCCUGGGGCGGCACACGCUAUAAAUACAGCCCUGACCUUAGGGAAUUGCCAGGUGGGAAAUUGUCUUGAAAUGAACCUGACACAAAAAGAGGUAAAGGUGCCCUUUAAGAAAUGACAAAAUCUGAGAAAAGAUUCUCCACCUCCACAUAUAAAGCGAUGACCACAGCGCAGAGCAGCACAGAGGGAUACGGAGAGGAGAUGUACCCACCGACUACAGACGUGGUGACCGUGCAGCCGGGGGCCGCACCCCAUCCUCCCCCACCCAGCGAUCACUUGGUCUGGUCCAUCAUGAACCUGAUCUGCUGCUGUAUGCCCCUCGGCCUCGCCGCCCUCAUCUUCUCCAUCAAGACCCGCAAUGCCCAUUACGAGAAUGACGCGCCCCUGGCCGCCGGGCACUCCCAUACCGCCAAAGCCCUGAAUAUCGCCGCCACAGUGAUCGGGAUGGUGAUAAUCAUUAUUUUUCUGGCCAUUUAUUUUGCCGUUAUUUUCCACUUCAAGCCCCCCCGCCUAUAAUCCCCCCCCACUAAAAAAAAUUAAAACCCAUCGGGGUGAUGGUGACCGGCAUUACAGCGCCCGACCCCAAAGAGAGAAAAAAGAAAUAAAAUCCUUUAAGAAAUCCUCGCAGUCUGUUGUCAUGUGUUAUACGGGGGGAACGUGACAACGCAGUUACGCAGAAUUCUAAAUGUCUUUAUGGCGGCCAUUAUCGGGCAUCUCCGGCGCUCCCAUACAGAUGAGCCAGGGGGAGGGGUCACUAGCUGUUGUAUAAUA